AUGAAAUAGUCGGCAAUCGGAAUGAAUAAAUCAGCAAAUCUUAGUCGAUAAUCCUCUUUCACAUCUCAAACAUCGAAUUCGGAUAAAAAAAAUAAAACUAAUUCAUACGUCUCAAUAUCACCUCGCUUCGAUCCAGAAAAGGGGUUGUCAUUUGAAAAUAGUGUGAAAGAAGUCAAAAUCAAAUCUCAAGAUGUUGACACAGAUCCUUAACAAUAGAAUCAGAAUAAAUAAAACUACGGGAAACUCAAGAAAUAAUCUAGUUUUACUUUAAAAACUUAAAAAGAUGAUUAAAUGAAAAAAAGUAAGUUCAGUAGAAAUCAAAGAGCGGAUAGCUUAAGUCCUUAAAAAUUACAAUGA